CAUCUCCUCAGCCAAACAGUGCAUUAGCGGAGAAAUGAAAACUAUCCAUCUUAUUUUCUUCCUCCUGUUUUUCGUUGAAAAAUCGAUAUCGUCCCCAUCACACAUUUCCCCGACAACCACAGCGAGGACCGUUGUGGACAAAAAUGAAGCAAAAAUCAGGGAGGAAUUUCGACACAUGCAACUUGAAAGUUGGAUAAAGAAUCGUGGCUUGCCAGAUGGAAAAGCAGGACUUAAUGUGGACAAAUGGAAUGCGAGCACUUCAAAGGACAAUCCUGAGGAAAGGGGUGUUUACUUAGAGGGUGACAUAUUAUUCGAAGUGGAUCCCGCUUCUCCAAAAAGUGCCCUAAUCGGUGACAAUUACCGUUGGCCAAAUGGAGAGGUUUACGUCAAAUUCUCCCCUGUAUUCAAUCCAAGCGAGUUGGCUUUGCUGAAGAAUGCCAUUAAGUACAUUGAAAUGCACACUUGCAUCAGGUUUUACUACUACCAGCCGGGUGUGAGGGAUUACAUUGACAUCACGAGUAGCCACACAGGAUGUUAUUCUAAUGUCGGCCGCAUUGGUGGACCGCAAAGGCUAAAUUUGCAACGUCCAGGAUGCAUGAAUUUAAGAACGGCGACUCAUGAGAUGAUUCACGCAUUGGGCUUUUUUCAUGAGCAGUCGCGCACAGAUAGGGACCGAUACAUUCAGAUAAACUACGGAAAUAUCGUGCCACAUGAAAUUCAUAAUUUCAACAAAAAUGACAACUCUAAUCACCAAGGCAUUCCAUACGACUUUUUGAGCAUAAUGCACUACUCUCGGUAUGCUUUUGCGCGAAACCCAAGAAUCCCAACCAUUAAUUUCAAGCCACCAUAUCAAGACUACGAGAAGUUGAGUUCAAAUGACAACAAAUUAAGUUGGAACGAUGUUAAAAAAAUCAAUCGACUCUACAAGUGUGAAGCAAGUGGAGAAAACUGAAAAAUCUAGAGCUGUAUGUGAAAUAAAAGUUGAGUUUCAAUCCUGCAUUAUGUUUGAUUAGGCUAUUAAUAUGUAGGUCAGAAAGAAAUUCAUGAUCUUAAUCUAUAUAAUAACAAAAAAAUUUCUUUCGAUUUAAUAGGAAAGAACUUUUUUAGUAUUCAUGUUUUGGAAAUUUGCUUGAGUCAAUCUUAAGUUCAACGCCAUUAUUUGUGUAACUUCCUAAUUUUUAAAUAUAAUCCCGUCUCACAAAAUGAGGUCAGGGUUUGCUUAUAUUAUCAAAACCAUGCCAAAGCACAUUGAAGUGUUCAGAAGUAAGGUCGCUUAUUUCAAUUGUUUCAUUUUCAAUAAAUAUCUUC